AGCACGUCCAAGAAUAGAUUGACCCACGCGGGACGAGGCGCAUGGUCCUGAAAACAAGCGAUGACACUGCCGACGCAAGUGCUGCCAAGUGGACGCUGCCACGUGAGCAAGCUGCAUCCACGGACGUCCGGUGUCCGAAUUGCGGAGCCACACACCCAAACCCCGACCUGGCAGACACGUAUCGGCAUUGCCACAGUUGCGCCAAAGUCCUGCGCGAGUCCUCGGUGUGUGUGUUGCCCCAUCUCCAGCGCAAUCAAAGUCGGAGGGCGUUUGAAGGGCAGAAUCGGCUGGCGGUCAUUGCAGCGUCGUUCGGUCACGCCUCCGACUCAAAACGAGCCAUUGCAGUGUUGGCCGAAGUCCAAGCGCUUGUGGCGCACUCAACCACCCACAGUCGACUCCACCUCCCCGCGGGCACGCCGUUAAUGUCUAGUUAUUUCUCCAAAUAUGCCGACCCUGCCCCCAGCGAGCGCAAGGUGCUUUGCUUGCGCUACGUUGUCCCCAACUUAAACCCCGACUUGACUCGACACGGUGAAGUGCGGUGCGAGGCGGGGACUGACGGCGCCUUGGUAUUGCCGCUGACUUUGCACUUUGCGGUCGACAGCUUGCCAAAGCUAUGGAUUAACCGGGCAACAUAUGGUCACCGCCACUCCAUCACCCCGGGACUUGUAUUUGAUGUGGCGGAACGGCUGACGGGGCUGGCCGAUCUCAACGGAGGCGACUUCGUAUCGGUGGCUGCCACGACCGACCUCACAACCUUGUUUGGUGAGCCAUGCGACGCCAUUGCCAAGACCCUAUCUGUCGAGUAUGAGAUCAUCGGGCGGUCCGGCCAAGCGAGGCAGUAUGAACUCGACGGCCACCUUGUGCAAGCGAUAGUCAUCCAAAACCUCCCCGUGGUCGGUCCCGGGGUGUUGAUUGAACGGGCAGAGUACGGCUGGUUGCCCAAAGACUUGGAUAUGAAAUUAACUGAAGUACACGCCAAAGCCAAGCUAUCGACGUGCUCCGACGACUUGUCCAAGUGGCAAGCCCUUCGAAAUGCCAACUCAUCGCCCUGCCAUCUGCCGGUGGCAGCCGUUCUUCAAGCUCGAAUAGACAAGGCGCAGGUGCCAGGAUCUGAAUUGAAUAUUGGCACGGACGAGAACUUGAAUGCACUCUUUGGAGACCCGUGCCCUGGCCUUUCUCGAUUCCUCGUCGUAGAGUACUCCCUUUUGGGCUACGGGGAGACUGGAUCGGACGAUGAAAUCAUCAAGAAAGGAGGUGGUCAAAGCCGGAACUUUUGCAUGUGCAAAGGGGGAAAGCUGCGACUUCACGUGACGGCCGAAGGCUUUUUGGUCAAACCCAUGUCCAUUUCCAGCCAAGAGGUGUUUCCCUCGUUAAUAGUGUCCAGGGCGUAUUUUGGACAUCCCACCAAUGUGCUCAAAACAUUUGACGUGACCGAGCCUGUGGGGGUACUCGCGGCCAAAGGCAAUGCCGCGAAAUCGCUGGUCAUAUCGAGGCAAAUGGAUUUGGUGGCGGCCUUCGGCGACCCCUGCCGAGGCAUUCGCAAGGCGCUAACGGUCAACUAUCAAGUGCUGGGUAUGGGGGGAACCCUUGUGCUGCGCAUUACGGACGCAAACCGCUUGGCCGGGGGGCUCGUGCUGGGGUACCCCCUCGAUAAAGUCGACGGGGGUGUGGACGGCAAGAUGGGGUUCUCAGAACGCCUAGCCAUUUCCACAACCCAAACCACCAAACCAACUGCCCGCGAACGGAUGCAGAGCAGUGCUAGCCAGCGCCUCUGGUCGUCGUCGAAAUGAAGAUACCGGUAUGAAAAAGUGUUUUUAUUAUUAUUCUGGAUUCGGUACAGAUUUCCAUACCCGAAUUUUGGCAGUUUAAUGCCAAUUCACAAUACGGUACUACUGGUAUACUGUACCUUGUUUUGCCUUUUUAAUCAUGAGUAUUAC